AUGUUCGAUUUUCAUACCACCUUUCUACAUCUACUUUUUCUGCCUUUUUUAUACGCAGUAGACUCUACAAAUAUAUUUUCUCGUAUUCCAGGAUUUUUUCCAAGAAGAAAGAGGAUUGGGAUACUUGUGCGCUGUCCGACCAACCCAUUUCUGGUACUGCAUCUAGUGAGAACGCUUCUACAAGAUAUAUCUACAAUUGUUUGACAACAUACGAAGAAAUUGGAAUAUAAGGAUGUUUGAAGUCAGAAGAUUGCUUCCUGCUGUUGGAUUUUCAGACGAAACUGGUUUUCACAGUGAUUUGACAGAUAUUUUUGAUUCUGAGAUCAUUGUGAAAGCUGAUUUUGUUCAUGCAUCAUCACUGGUUCCUGCAUAUCCUCAGAAUCCUGAUUUCAGCACUAUGGAAAAAUCAUUUGACAACAUUGAAAGCAAUUUUCAUUGUAAUUUUUGUACAGUUAUUUAAAUGUAUUUGAAAUAAAACAUAUCAGUUUGUA